AUGUCAUUGCCUUUACCUCGCCGUCAGAUAUCAUCAACACGUGCACCUUCGCAGCUGAAGAAGGAGUUGCUUGAAGAGCAGAAACAGGAGAUCCGCGAAGCCUUCAACUUGUUUGAUAUGAACAACGAUGGAUAUCUCGAUUACCACGAAUUGAAGGUUGCCAUUAGAGCCUUGGGGUUUGAAAUGAGCAAACAAGAAGUAUUAGAACUGAUUAGAGAGUAUGACCGAGACGACAGAGGUCAAAUGCACUACGAAGACUUCUUCGCAAUCAUGGGCGAGAAAGUUCUUAAUAGGGACCCAUUAGAUGAAAUCCGUCGUGCCUUUAGACUAUUUGAUGAUGAUAACACUGGUAAGAUAAGUCUACGCAAUCUACGGAGAGUAGCAAAGGAGUUGGGCGAGAAUCUAACUGAUGAAGAGUUGAGAGCAAUGAUUGAUGAAUUUGACUUGGACAAUGAUGGGGAAAUCAAUGAGGAGGAAUUCAUUGCUAUAUGCACUGAUAAUUGA